GACCCGCGCAGCCCGCAAUACCGCCGCCCGGCCCCGCGCAGUCAGCGACACAAGUUAAGCAGUGGGGAACGCGCGUUUCGCUAACUUGCAUUGCAGUGAAUUAUAAUUAAAAAUCUUUAGCGUUGCUCUUUUGUGUUAAUUAAAGUGCGCGCGAUAACUUAUUAGAGACGGGUUCAAAGCAUUUUGCCUGCAAAAUGGCCACAGAAGUAAUAAAUAACGUUCCUGAGAAUACCGAGAAAGAAAAGGAAGCGAAGGAGGACGCGCCGGUAGACAAUGGACAAACUAAAGAAGAUCCACCGGCAGAAAAAGUUGAAGAAAAAGCUGAGGAGAAGAAAGUAGAACCGGCUCCACCUAAGAUCACGGUGCACAAAGCUAACUUCGAGAAAGACAUCGUUUAUUUGUAUCAGUUCUCGCGGACUCCUUUGUUGCCGUCGACGUCGCCCUACUGCUUGAAAGUUGAAACAUGGCUUCGUUUGGCCGGCAUCAAAUACGAGAAUGUGGAUCACAAAGCCAAAUUUCGAUCCAAGAAGGGCCAAUUGCCUUUUGUGGAGCUGAAUGGAGAAGAGAUCGCAGACAGUACCUUCAUUAUCAAGCAGCUGUCAGAAAAGUUCAAUAAAGACCUCGAUGCCGCUCUGACGCCGGAGCAACGUGUCGUGGCUCAUGCUAUGAUCUCUAUGGUGGAGAACCAUCUGUCUUGGGUCGUUCUAUGGUGGCGCGCUAAGUAUCCUGAGAGUGUCAUCAAGGGGUAUCAAGUGAAUCUUCAGAACGCGCUCAACACUCGGCUUCCCAACCCGAUACUGAACUUCUGCUACAAGCUGACGGCUGCCCGAAAGGGCAUGAAAAAAGCCAAGGCUCAUGGCAUUGGAGUGCACUCCCAGGAAGAGAUUCUUGAGUUUGGUAAAAAUGAUCUGCGGGUUCUUUCGGAUCUUCUGUCAGAUAGACCUUUCUUUUUCGGAGAUGAGCCGACUCUUCUGGACGUGGUUACGUUCGCCAACCUCGCACAAGUCCACUUCAUCGACAAAGAAGUGCAGCACCCAUUGCGAGAUGCCAUGAGCGAGAUGUUCCCCAACCUGGUGGGACUGGUGUCCCGCAUCAAGGAGCGCGCCUACAACGACUGGGAUGAUAUCUGCUCCACCCUGGAUCUGAACGCGCAUCUCCCGAAGCCGGUCAAGGAGGUGAAGGAGACGAAGGAGGGCACCGGCCCGGCUGAGAAGCAGCCCCUGCCCGAUGAGCCGGAGAAGGGAAAGGGAGAUGAAAAAGAGAAGGAAUUAGAAAAGGAGGCCGACGAGAAGGGCAAGGAGAAGGACAACGAGAAGGAGAAGUAAACGAACACCCAGUGUACGGCGCUGCAACUCAUAUACCGUAAUAAUUAACAAGUUGAAUUAUACUCUUAAGAGUCAGACUCGUAGAUUCUGUAUAUUGUAAGUGUGUAAAUCCAUUUGUCUUUCCCGUUACUUUCAGUUUAGGCGCGCAGAUGCGUCCCCAUCGUAAUAUUAUUGUGGUCUCCAUUCUUAUAUAUUAUAAAGAAUUCACUUAUUGUGUCGAAUAUGUAAUCGUUCCGUUUCUACCUAUAUUUACGAAUGUAGUUUGUGUAGUCAAUGCUCUAAGUGUUUAAAAUAAUUCAUUAAAUGUUUGGAUUCAAAUCAAUAUUGGAAUAAGUACUGCAGUUAGGAACUUACAGAAUUAAGCAAACAUGUAAUCAAACGGUUUAUAAAAUAUUGUCAUUACUUGGAGCUAGUCCAAGGUCAUCGCCUCGUCGUCUCAGGUACGGUAUGAUUGGAGCCGGCGUCAGCAGUCUGUUCAACAAAAGUACUGUGUCCGAAGUUCUCGUAAAAGAUUAGGGGGAGAAGUAUAGUGCCAAGUUGUUUCAACAUUCAUUACGUUAUUUUAAUAAUGAUGAACUAUUAUGUUGUUACCAUGAAUUCGCAGCAAAAGUAAAACAGGGUCUUCGCACCCACAAAAUUUGAAAUCUGGGCUUCAGGCCAAAGCUCUCUUUCGUGAAGCGUCGUAUAUUCGAGAUGUAAUCACAAAUCUCAUUCCUCAUUAAUAUUUUGGCGUCUGUCCUGUACAACCUUAUAUCAUUUACUCUACUUUGUAAGUCUAGAAUAUUUGAUACCAAAAAUUGGCUGAUUUAUAUAAAUUGGUAUGAAUACAUUUCUUGAAAACAUAGCUCUUCAAUUCUAUAGAAUGAGCUUAUGUGUAUGAUUAGACUGUUUUGAGAUUCUUGUACUUUAUUGGUUUAUACAAAUAAAAAUUUACAAUUUACAAAUUUUUGAUAAUCGAAAAACCUGGAAGACUGUUUUUCAUGUAAUUAAUAAUUCAUAGUCCAUAAAGUUUUGAUAUUGUAUUAAUUGUUAAGAUUUAGAAAGAAAUGUACUCAAAAUUUAUAGGAUUUAUGAUGAAUUGCAUUAUGAUUAUUCAGUCGAUGUCUAUGGCAGUCUUCGUCAAGAUACGAUAAAGGCGCACAAUGUACUAAUAGUACUCAACUAGGCACAAGUCAUCGUUCACCAUCUCUCACGACUGACGAGAAAGGACCACUCGUGGUCUAUAUUAUAUUAACCUCGUGGUAUCUUGGCGUUUGUUACACACUUAUGACACUUCUUUCUCGUUAGUAAGCACAUUUUUGACAUUAUAUUAUAUUUUUUUUAUUAUAAACAUUAUGUUUUGUUAUCAAAUACUCAGUUAAGACUGUUAUUCAUUUUUUUUCGUUGGUUUGGUUCAAGCCACUACGACUGAAUAAUUAAAUGAUUGAAAAAUUCUUUAUUUUCAGAAAUGUUUGUAAUCUAGGGUGGACUUGAGGCGUUAGGCACUGAAACAGGCUUAAAGCUAAUUACUAGAUUUAAAUAAUUAAAGUACAUUCCAGUUUCAGACUACAUUGACACGACUUGUAUUGAUCAACAUCUCAGUACGCGAUGAGUCGAAUGGUUAAUUUUAACUUGUAAUAUUAAUAAAUGGUUUUCGCAUCGUGGCUUGAUAGUAGAACGUCGAUUUUAGUCGGUUUGUAGACAAGCACAGGGUUACCUGUACUUCUAGUUCCAUCUUUACAUCUCGAUUUGAUGUUAGGGUUAAUUCGUAAGAUAGGUUUUGAAAUUGCUACAUGUUAAUGUCAUAUAAAUGGUAAUUAAAUAGAUUAAUAGUUAUUACACGUAAUCAAUAUUACGUUAGCGUAAGAGGAGUCGCUGUUGCCGAAAAGGCCCGCUCCGCUAAUAAUAAUAGAGAGAAAAAAAAAAACACAAAAAAGACAAAAAAAAACUUUUUGUUUCCGAAUUUGUUUGUAUUAUGAAUACUUAAUUUGAAUUACCGGGGUAAGGUUGACGUUUUUUGGUCCCUCCCGCAACUGCUGACCACCACUGCCAUUAGGAAACGAAGUAAGGAAUUAGGGAGUAAGAGUAGAGUAGAGAGUGAUGUACUACACCAGCCGUCGCGUGCAUUCGACGUAGUUCGCGGCAAACCAGCCAGCGAGGUGCUGUGUGGCCGCGUUCCAUCAACUCAUUGUGUAGAUAUAAUGUUAUAAUGUUUUUUAAUAAUAAGGCUGAAGUUUUAUCCGACCAUCUCGAAAGCCUGUUUCAGUGCGAUGCGAUGUGAGACGGAGCUGGCUUGCGCUGUUGAACUCGAACCUCGGUAUCGAGGCUCGUCCUGUCUGCGUAGUUACGGAACUUCUGAGGGUAAAUUCAAAAUGACAAUGUUUGCAAACAUAGCGAUAGGAAUAAUAGUUUAAGUAUCACCGUAAUAUUAUUAUCAUAAUCUCAUUGUAAUGUGUUUAAUGGGCGAGACAAUAAAGAAUGCAAGGAUUUGGUUUACAACGGUUACGUUAGCAAAGUUAAGUAGCUCACAGAGAUGGAUCCGCAGACUAAUAUACGUUGAAGUAUUCAUAAGGAUGCUCACUUUAUUGUCUCUUCAUAGAAUAUAAUAUGUAUUCGAUAUUAUAAUCGUCAUUACAUUAUUAUUCAUACUCAUAUUAAAAUAUUGUUGUAAGUUAGUAACAAAUUAAUCGUAAUUACUCUGAUAUAUAAUUUUAAGUAUUUCAGGUAUAUAUGUUUAUACUAUUAAGAAGUUUAGGAGACCUUAAGUAAAAGAUUGAUUUGUAUUAUCUAUAGUUACGUUUUUCUGUAAUGAAAAUUCAUUCACUUAUUAUAGUAUUUGUGGUUUUCAAUUAUUGUGUCAAUAUUUAAACUUAAGUAUAAAGUAGAUAGAAUGGUUCGCCAUAAGAGAAACAACUGAGCUUCGACGCGACAGUCGACACAAUACUUUAAGGAUUUCAAAUGUAAUACCUAUUUGAUCGCCAUUAAAUGUAUAUCUACAA